AUGUUGCCCGCCAAUGGACCGCCACACCGAGCUCGUGGCGUGUCCACCUCAUUUGCGCCGGAGCAGCAGAAUCUAGCUGCCGAGAUCGACCCGGUCCUCCAGAAGAUAUCAGAACCGUUACAAUCCGUCGCUGCCGUCCCCGAUAAACUUCCACAUUUGCUUCAGCUCCGGAGUAGCCUGAAACAGCUGCCUGAUGGAUCGUGGCAGGAGGUUUUCCGAGUCCUGGGGGGGUUCGAUACUCUUCUACAGGCGUUAACGAAUGUCGCUGGCUUCUAUAGUCUGGAAGAUUCAGAAGACGUUAGAUUAUGCCUUUUUGAUUACCUGAAAUGUGUUUUCAACUUACUGUCUGAGAGUAUGGUGGGCCAUGUGGGGAACAAGAGAUUCUUUGGCAAGAAAAUUGGGUUCGAAGCUUUGCAGCGAAGUUUGGCGGCUACUGGGAUACCUGUUAUCGCUCCUGAUCUUCUCUUCGGCCUCUUAUUCGCCUUUGGUAUGAACGACGAGACCUUCGCGACUUUCAUAAUCCGAGCUCGCCGAGAUUUGCCAGAAUCGGAUACUGAAUCAGCCGAGCAUGUCCGCGAGAAGACCAAAUCUGCUUUCAGUGGAGGAGAUCUUUUGCGCCAUGCUUCUAUAUUACCGGUUAUUAUCAACUUUUUCAACAUACUGGAGCUGGACAAAGUUACCUCGAUUGCCGUCUUACAGGCGAUAUUGUCGUUAUCCCAAUCCAACCAGUAUAACUUAAACGAGGUCCACAGGUGUGGAAUUUUGUCGACGUUCAUCCUGCCCAACCUAUGGCCCGUCAAAACUGAUGAUCAACUCCAGCCGAUAUUCUCCGAGAUUGCAUAUUCGUUAAUCGUGCUCGGCGUCAACACCCCCGAUGACGCAAAGAUCAUAUUUAGGGAAGCCAUUGAGAAUCCGAGUGCUGCCGAUUUCCUUCUCUUCGGAUUGAAGCAAUCUCGCACUGCUCCGCUUAUCCAAUUUGAUUUAUCACUCCACGGAUACGCCUCUGUGGAAAUUGCAACUCUUGGUCGCUCAUUCCCGCCCUCGAGUGGUGGCUACACUUUUGCGUUAUGGGUGUAUAUUGACAAAUUCGAUGACUCUGUUCAUACGACGCUCUUCGGAGUAUUCGACGGCUCGCAAAAGUGCUUUGUAUUAGCAUAUCUCGAACAAGAUACCCACAAGCUUAUUUUGCAGACUUCAGUCUCUUCUGCUAAGGCGUCGAUCCGGUUUAGGAACUUCGUGUUUGAGGAGAAGACUUGGUAUCAUAUUGCGGUGGCCCACCGACGUGGUAAGGCUACGAGCGCGGCCAAGGCAUUACUAUACGUUAAUGGAGAUUUUAUUGAACAAACCAAAUGCUCGUAUCCAUCGAAUCCGCCAACGAAUAAUGUUCCGGUUCAGGCGUUCCUAGGCACGCCCGCAGAUUUGUCUCCUAGAAUAGGACACGGGGUCCUAUCAUCGAAAUGGAGCGUUGCAAACGCCUUUUUGUUUGAAGAAAUCAUUUCCGACGACCUAAUCGCGGUCCAUUACAAUCUUGGGCCUCGUUAUUAUGGAAAUUUCCAAGAUUGUUUGGGUAGUUUUCAGACGUAUGAGGCCAGUGCUUCUCUUAACAUGCGUAACGAGGUCAUGCAUCCGGGGAAGGAGGAGAAGUCAGAUAUCAUAUCUGCCAUCCGCCAAAAAGCCUCGACUGUCAUGGGAGAAAAUAAAGUUCUGCUGAAUAUUUCUGCAACUGCAGUUCUUGAUGAUACCCACGACAUCCCGAACGAUACCAAGAUUUUAUCAGAGAAGAUUAGUCGUCAGGCGUCGAAGAAUCUCCAGAGCUUUGUGCGCAAGGGGCCAAUCGCUCUGAAUGGUGCCGUGCCAUUUAUCAGCGAUGCUCUCACUUUACCACAGGGUACUGCUGUCAUGACUGGUGAACCCAUCAUUCUUUAUCCGGGAAGUCUUGAUAAUGCUGCUUGGAAGAUUGGUGGCGCCGCUGCUGUAACUUUGAAACUCGUUGAGACUGCGACGACGCCGGAAGAAGUCUGCAAAGCGGUGGAUAUUCUGUUCGAAACCAUUAAGAACAAUUGGCGAAAUUCUGAAGCCAUGGAGAAGGAGAAUGGGUUCGGAAUUCUUGCGUACUUGCUCCGAACGAAAGAAAUCAAUGGAGUUGUCUGUAAAGAGCUCUUGGAUCUCAUUCUCAACUUCGUUGGGUACAAUAGUGAACGACCAGAAGAGUCAAUCCUGAUAAACCCAUUGGCUUAUCGCGUGCUUCUCGUUGACUUUGAGCUAUGGAGGAAGGCCGAUAUUCCGACACAAAAGGCCUACUUUGCACAAUUCAUCGUUUUCGGAUCUGGAAGCAUUAACCAUCGUUUUAAUGCAAAACGUCUUCUCAGAAUGAGGAUCGUUAAGAAACUAAUACAUGCACUGAAAAGUGAUGCAUUCUCUAUGGAAGUCAUCCCUGACUUCCUAGCAGCUUUUAAGUCCCUUAUCAGUGUCAACUUUUCAGCGGAGACUCUCAGGUCUUUGUCUCUAUUCAUCACUUAUUCGCUGUACUCUGGUAGCCAGAUUAAGAGUUUGCGACACAAGAAGAGUACCUUCGUGAUGAAGAGGACUGAUUCGGACGGCUAUUCGCCUAUAUCGUCGACUAAACGGAUUAACGACUUUGGAUUGAAGCGCCAGGUUGGGUUGAUGAUGUUAGAGAUGUACUCAGAGCUGCUCUGUGAAUCCUCGAGCACAACUAAUAUUAUGAAGUUUGCUAGGACAGUUACUAAUAGAUGGCUGUUAUACCUCUUGGAUGAUGGGAACUCGAAUGUCAUUGCAUGCGCGAUGAAAAUCCUUGCUCGCAUUCUUGUGGUUCAUGGACAAAGCUACAUCUCGAAGUUUGCCGGGAAAACAUCCGGGUUCUUGGUUCUCCGGCGCCGUCUUAGAAAGUGGUGGCGAGUACCUGAGAUAUGGAUGUCGGCCUUUUCUAUUUUCCUCGGAGUUGAUAUUGCGAAGGUGGACCUUACACAACCCCUCGUACUCUACCACCUUAUAAAUACGUUUAAAUUCGACGAUAAGGAUGGGAGAUUUAUCUGUUCGGAUAUGUGGGCCGUCGUCGCAACAAUGUUGAAAACCGCUGUGAAUGAUAUUGCGAAGAGUCAGCAGGAGGCGGCGCGUAUUCAGGCUCCGAAAAACAAACUUCUAAACCCAGAGGAUGCAGAGAAGAAGCAUAACCGAAGGAGGUCUCUGUCUUUGGAUACGCAACUUACGUUGAUGACUCUUGGUGAAGUCCGUGAUCCAGUCGACCGCCCACCUGCCGAUGCCGAAAAGAUGGUCAAUGCCAUCGUACAUUUCUUGGCUGAUUUGCAGCAAAACUGUGUGCCGUUUAAAGAAUUCUGCUCUGGGACUGUUUUCCUGAAAGAGAUCCUUGACAUCCUCUUUCCUAUUAUCUGUGAUACAGAUCAACUUAGUGCUGAAACCGAGCUCGAUCUCACUCUUGCUGAUGAUGCCGAGGACAAACUUCGCCAUGGGCAUUCUGUUAGCCAGACUAACAUACUGCAAGCUACUGGCUCUGCUGUAUGGUCGACUGUGACGGAUAACAGUGCAGCAAGGGCAAUCCCAUUUAGAAGAGGAUCGUCUUUCAUCAUUAUCGAUUCUGAUGGGGCUUCUGCUACGACGCCAUCAGGUUCCCGUCUUGUGGCUGCGGUGAACGCGACAUCUAUUGAGAUUGCAAAAGUUAAGAGUAGUACGACAAGCAAUCAGUUGGUAUCGAGUUUGGUGGAUAUUGUGGUGGCUGUGUUCAAAACGAUGUUGUUAGAAAGACGGGAGUUUGCUGGCUUUGGGUUAGCUACUAAGAUACCACCUGGUACCCUCGACCAACGCAUCUAUUUCGAGUCCUACAUUGUGCGAAACACGGUUUCGUUAAUGAGGAACGAUAUUGCGCUUGAUCUGAAACUGCUGACCGAGCCGCGGAUUUUGACGAACUUGGGUAGAAUGGCUUAUCAUCUCGGUCAAUCUGUAGCUGAAGGAUGGUUUGCCACUGGUGGCCCACAGCUCCUCGAGUUUAUCGGCGUUAUUUUGGAGUACAUAGAACGUCCAGACGUCUCGAGUAUCAAGAGCGUGCGACUUUGCAACCAGACAAUUCUAAGUCUACGGACAACUUUUAUGAAGCUGCUUUGGCGCCAGUUUUCGGCACUUGUGAGCCUGGACGAUGGCGAAGCCGCUAUUGUCGAGUUCUUACAACAGCUUCUCAUCUGGAACCAGGCUAUUCUUACAACUGAUCUUCAAGAUCUAGACACUAUCCGCAUAUUCUCAUAUUUCCUUUACGUUUUCCUCACAGACGAGAAAAAUAGCAUUCGGACUAUUAGUUUGCAAUUGCUUCGGCUCGUUCUUACGAGGAAGUCUUUGGAAAUUGCUCAGAUUUUGAUUGGUCCGAAGACGCCGCCAGAACUCAAGCCGACACUGAAUGAUAUGUUGAAAAUCUCAGAUCUUGAUGAUGUCCAAUCAUUGGAAUGGAUUGAGAAUCACCAAAAUGAACUCGACACCUUUUUCUUUGGCGGCUUGGCCCAGACAUGGGAUGCCUACGUAGCAGAUGAAAACAAGCGUAUCAAGGACGCAGCACGUGCGAGAGUUGCGCAACGUAAAGACAAGCUGAAGGGGUGGGCUCUCGAAAACAUCAAUAACGAGGAUGCGUAUAACAAACAUAGGACAGCAUCAUCAGUGUGGACGUCUAAUAUCUACGCUGGGGAGCACUUAAAGUAUCAGCGAGCGUAUCAAGAUCACCAGGAUAACGUUGCGUUUAUGAUCCAAGUGCACAUUAAACUCAACAGGGACUUGACGAGGCCUUGUGGUCUCCUUGAUACUGGAGAACCUCAGAAAUGGCAGUUGGAUAUUUCUGAGGGCCGAAAUCGUAUGCGUAAGAGAUUGCUCCCAGAUCUUCGAACACAGGAGCGGGAGUAUGGACCGAAGCAGAGAGGAACCGAAUUGGCGAUAGGGACGCCAGGCUCCAACAAUGGUCCCGUAUCAAACACCCCCCCGCUACCUCUCAUAGAUGACGAUCGCCUGUCUCUCCGACCUGCUACUUCUGAUGCUAGAGACAGCGGGAGUAUGAUUAACGGGGGCGAUAACAUGGAAGACGAUUUUGAACUGGUCGACGACCCCAAAAUAGACGACGAAGAGUAUGAAGAUAAGAAUCGAAAAGUCUUACGGAGUCUUCAACACGGGGAAGUGGUCCAAUUUGUGAGCAAUGUAUCUCGGGUACUUGGUCUUAGUAUCUGUGAGGGCUUGUUAAUCCUUGGACGGGAGAAUUUGUAUAUGAUUGAUAAUUUUUUCCAAAAGUCUGAUGGAGAGAUUAUUAAUGUUUGGCAAGCACCUUCGUCAGAACGAGACCAGUACCUACAGACCAUUGCUGGAGUUGACGCAGAAAAAUCCCGAUCCACUAGUGCGGAACACGAUACUAGGCAAUGGGCUUGGAAGGAGUUACUUUCGGUAUCAAAGCGGAAGUUUCUAUUCAGAGACGUGGCUUUGGAAUUGUUUUUCUCGGAUGGGAGAAACUACCUGUUGACCACUAUGACACAAAAAGACCGAGAUGUCCUUCAUUCGAAGCUGGCCGCCCGUAUACCCGCGAAUCAGCAACCGCAAAUCGGUGGUAGGCACAAUGAAGAGGCUUGGUUAGUUGAAACCAUGGGCCAACCUGGCACUGGGCUCAGUCCCAUCUCCUUCGGCGGGAAGCUCGCAAAUGUCUUCCUAGCCGCUUCUGCAAACCCAGCAACAAAGAGAUGGCUUAAACAUGAGAUCUCGAACUUCCAUUACUUGAUCUUGGUGAAUGCCAUGGCGGGUAGGACUUUCAAUGAUCUCACACAAUACCCUGUCUUCCCAUGGGUGUUGGCGGAUUAUACCAGUGAAGAGCUUGAUCUGACCAACCCGAAGACUUUCCGCGACUUUUCGAAGCCGAUGGGUGCUCAAACACCUGACCGGGCCCGCGAAUUCCAAGAAAGAUACCGUGCAUUCCAAGAUCUCGGUGAUAGCAAAGCACCCCCAUUCCAUUAUGGAACACAUUACUCCUCUGCUAUGAUUGUGUGUUCGUAUCUUAUCCGGAUGCAUCCGUUUGUGGAUUCGUAUCUACUGCUCCAAGGUGGAAAUUUCGACCAUGCAGAUCGUUUAUUUUAUUCUAUGGAAAAGGCGUGGUUAUCUGCUUCUAAGGAUACAACAACGGAUGUUAGGGAACUGAUUCCCGAGUUCUUCUUCCUUCCGGAGCUUUUGAUAAACAGCAAUUCCUUUAAUUUCGGUAUUCGACAGGCUACUGGCCAGGCGGUUGAUGAUGUUAUACUCCCGCCUUGGGCCAAGGGCGACCCGAAGAUCUUUAUCGCCAAGCACCGUGAAGCUUUGGAGAGUCCCUAUGUCAGCGAGCACCUACACGAUUGGAUUGAUCUUGUUUUCGGAUACAAACAGAAGGGCGACGCAGCAGUUGAAGCCACAAAUGUUUUCCACCAUCUGUCAUACUCUGGGGCUAUCGACCUUGGUAGCAUUAUUGAUCCCGUUGAGAGGACUGCAGCCAUUGGAAUUAUUCACAACUUCGGCCAAACGCCGCACCAGAUAUUCACGCGUCCGCACCCACAGAGAGAGAACUCUGUGAGAAACACAAGCCGGCUGGACGGUAGCGUAGAAAGUUUGAUUAGACUACCCUUCCCUUUGCUCGAUACCCGAGAAAAGGUGCAGCAAAUCGAUUGGUCGCACCGUACCUCGAAGGUAGUUCCGUCCUCCGAGUUCAGGAUCUACAUUAGCCCCGUUUUCGACAAAUACCUUGAGUGGGGUUAUAGUGACGGUGGUGUCAGAUUUUAUGAUGCUGAGAGCCGGAGAAUGAUUUCCAUGUUUGAGCAUCUUCACCAAGAUCAAUUAUCCGCCGUCUUAGUUGUUGAUGAACAAACUUUUGUUACUGGCGGUUGCGAUUGCACCGUGACGAUUUGGAAGAUGGAGCAUAGCAAAACGUUUGACAUCCACCCAACCGCCUGUUUGCAAGGACAUUGUGCCGCUAUCACCCAUCUGGCUGUCUCACGUUCGUUCGGAUUGCUCGUUACUGCCGACGCAUCUGGGGUAAUCAUCGUUUGGGAUCUUAGCCGGAAGACGUAUAUCCGGAAGUUAGGCGAACAUACCUCGAUCCAGUGUAUCACUCUCAACGAUGUGACGGGAGAUAUCCUUGUCAGCAGACCUACCGACAUGACCUUGUACACUUUGAACGGCGAAUUGGUGCUUCGCAAAUCUAUCGAUGAAAUUUGCCCGGAUCAAGUUAUUAUCUCCACAGCAUUCUACGAAGGCGUUAGUAACGAAUGGUUGGAGCGAGAGUUGAUCUUUACCGGGCAUCGCCGUGGGAUUGUUAAUAUCUGGAGCAAGCAGAUUGUUGAUGGGAAAUUUGACCUAACGUUGGUCAAAUCCUUACAACAUAUCAACCCGUACCAAUCGCAAGCUACAGUUUCAGCAUCAAUCACAGCUAUUCUACCAAUGCCUCGUAACGUCUUUACCGCCGAUGAAUGGGGCAGGGUUUACCAAUGGGAUUGUGUGUCGAAGACGUCGUAG